AUGGAUGCACAGCCCAAUAUGAAUAGCUGGUUGAGUUCAAAUCAUGCAGUCGAGCAGCCGCUGAGCAACCAUUACCAGGGCUGGUCAUCGACUGCGAGUCCCAGCAAUCAGCCAUCACCAGGUCGCCGAGAACAUGCUGUACAGCCGCCAUUGUUGACAACAGCACUGAGCGGUCCUCAAUACCAGGGUCUUGGGGCUGGUCUUGGACUAACACCGACGCCUUUAUCAUCAACCUCGCUUUCGAGCCCAUUUACCCACGGUCUAUCGCCUGCUGUUCCAUCGCCUAUUAACGGCAGAUCGGUUUCGUCGUCUUCGAUGGCGUCCAGAAACGCGUACAAUGUUCCUUAUAACCCCCAGGACUGGGGCCCACCGGGCAGGCCCCAGGCGCAGGCCCCGUAUCUUCAACCAGGCACUGUACAUCGUGUGACGCCGCAAAGAAAUAACCCGGAUGUGUCGUUGUCUCCACCUCCUCCGCCAUAUUCACCUCCCAGCAACCAAAAUCGAAUGUCCCAGGACUUCUCUGGUCAGAUGAAUCCUAAUUUUGCCGGAACGCCUUCUCCACCCGACAACAGGGAAGGCGGGUUUGACAUGCCUGCCCAGUAUCAAAGACGCUCAAACCGGCCACGACCAUUAUCUAUGGCUUACCCAGCUGACUCGGGGUCUCGCCAGCCGCUCCCUCCUCCACCUCCCCCGCAGGGACAUCCAUCGAGUAGAUCUGUUUCUCAGGGUCCAGCGGAGUACCAGGGCAUGCCCUAUAAUGAUCAAGCUACGCAAUAUAAUGCUGCAGGCAGCCACAGGCCUCGGGUGGCACAGUACGAUCAGGGCCAACCUUCAACUGGCUUUAACGGGCAUAUGUCUGCAGCACCAGCUCAUUUCGACACACCAACUCGGGCCCCGGCAUCUCGAAGAGCCGCAUCUGCUGGGGCUGUGGUAAGCAGUGCGGGCUCUUCAAGGGCAACGAGUGAGUCGCGAAAUCGAUCGCCGUCAAAUAGUAACUGGGAGCCCGGGAUGCCGCUUCCGCCACCACCUCCAGGACCCCCUCCCGCCGCGAGGUCCGUUAGCGUGAGUGGCUCGUCAGAAUCAUCUCUGAGAACGACCCAGAGCUCGAACAGGACGACGAGGAGGGGGCCUCCCGUGCUAGGAACAGGACUGGGAAGCAUCCCGCCUACGCCAGCUGACUGGAUAGACGAGGGAUAUUUGAACAGUCGACCAACGGAUAAUUUAUAUGUUGACACGGCAAAAGCGGCCAAGGCGCCAGAGCCGAACGAUGGAGAUCCUCACGACUCGUCUAAUCAGAGAACUCCUGGUAGUGGCGGUCUUUUCCGCAGCUCAGCAGUCCGCGAUCCAAGUGCCAAGGGAAUCCGUGAAAGGCGAAUUGAACGACGCAAUCGGCAAAGCCUGGUCCUCGAACCCCCAAGUGCGAUAUCGUCAAAUGGUAAUCCCUGGGCCGAUGCCCUAGAGCAAAUCAAACCGUCGAACCUGAUCCUACCAGACCAGACCAAUAGCCCAGAUCAAGAUCGGCAUCCAACGUCGGGCAAGUAUAGCCAAGCCCCUCUCAGUACCCGCAGCAUUAAAUCAGAGGGACAAUAUACUGGCUCCCGGCCUCGAACAUCGUCCAGCGCUCUCCUUUCGGAGCAAUCACCCUACGGGACUCCCAGACAGCACCCCAGCUCGGCUGGUCCCUCGGCUGUAUUCGCACAUACGCCUCCAUUUUCGCCCAAUCCAAAUGGAGUGGGCUCGUCGGCAUACCCCAAAGAAGCCAGCCAACCAGUACCACCAAAGGCACUACCAACUCCGCCUCUCAACUCAGCAAAAGAGGCCCGGCCACGCUCACGUUCCCGUGCACCCGGAGGAGCGGAAGACCGUCCACUCUCUCACAUUCUCCACAUGCCCAACGAUACUGUGUCGAUGAUGAAACCCUUGUCGCCACGCCGAACGCCGGGACAGCAAACGGCGCAGGUGUCAAUGGAAUCGAUCCUUCGACAAGACCCCGCUUUCCUACAGGAUGCGAUUCAACGACACAAGACCUUUAUUGAUAAAGAAGCCAGCGCCGAGGAUGACGCCGAAGCACUCAAAAUCUUUGCGGACUAUAUGCUUGCCGAAUCUCAGAUCCGACGCCAGCGGUACUCGAAGGCCUGGGAAUCCUUCCAAGUGGAGGAUGUGCGUCGCAAUCUUUUCGAGUUGCCAGUCAAGCAACCACCAAAGCCUAAGCCCCAGCCAAAGCUAGAUAUCCCGCAAAACCGAGCGGGUCGACCGGAGUCUGCGUGGUGGAAUAACUAUCAGCCUUGUCUGUCGCCGAUUGCCAGCCUUAACAUGAGCAACGAUGAGAGUUCUCGAGGCCGUGCACCGAGUCGCUGGUGGGAGUCGGCAACCGGUUCUAGCGGCGAGGGGGCCGAGAGAAGGGUUCAACGAUCCAAGCGGGAGUCGAAGUACAUGGGCUUGCCUAGGGAGGCCAUGCAUGGGGACCAGGAGUUGACUCCUUCUCAGCCCAAAGAUGUGAGGAUGAACUAUGGGAAUACGGAAUAUGGCUCCGAUGAGUACCCGCCUGAGAAAGUCGGGUGGCAUGAAGGGUCUCCUGCAAAUUCCACGGGAACUGGAUAUCGCUGCGAAACCCGCAGAUUAGAUAUCUCGCGGUUGAUCACCCUGCCUCCGCCAUAUCCCCGCCAUCAUCCUGCUGUGAAUAACAGCCAUCCUGAUUUGGUCACUCAUCGAACUACGGUCCGGUCAAUUACUGAUCUCGCGGAGAUCAAAACCACCAGACAUCGGUAUAAGGCCGACGUGGAGCGAAUGCUUCAAGAGCACCAGCAACAAGUCGACGAGGGCCACCGCCACUUCAGGUCGAACAUCCAAAGCCAGAUCCAAGAGGGCAGUCUCACCUUCGCGGAAGCAGCCGAGGCCGAGGCAGCGAUGAUUGCCGAGGAGAACGAGCGAGAAAGGGCAAUGGUCAAACGCCAGCUAGACACGUACCAAGAAACAGUACUCCAGCCGAUGCACGCCAUACUCGUCGACAGAAUCAACAGGGCAACAACCUGCAUCGACCAGCUGAGCAGCGAGCUCUCAGACGAUGCACAGAGCGGGACACCGGAUCAAACACAGGAGGAAGGCGACGAGAAGCCCGAGCUCCUAGAGAAACUGACGCAACUAAAAUGGCUCUUCGAGGCCCGCGAACAGCUCCACCGCGAGUCAUUCGACCUGAUCAGCGACCGCGACGACAAAUACAAAGCCGUCGCCCUGCUCCCGUACAAGCAAACCAAAAACGAAGACAAGCUACGAGAGACGCAAGCAUUCUUCACUCAGGACGCACUCGACCGACGCGUGCAGUACGAAAACGAGGCGCUAACCCGGCUCGAGACGUUCCUGGACGUGAUCGAGCAGAACGUCAUGCGAGGCGUCGAGGUGCAGCUCUCCGCAUUCUGGGAUAUUGCCCCGUCUCUCCUGGCUCUUGUGCAGCAGGCGCCUGAGGACCUGCGCGGCUUCCAGGUGCAGAUCCCCGCUGAUGAAUACGAGGAAAAUCCGAGUUACCAUGAGCAUCCGCUGCAGUAUCUGUAUACGCUGCUGUCGCAUGCGGAGAAAUCGAGCUACCAGUUCAUUGAGUCGCAGACGAAUCUGCUGUGUCUCUUGCAUGAGGUGCGGUCUGCUGUUAUGCGGGCUAAUCAGAAGCUUGUGGAGGCGCAACGAAUUAAGCGUGGGGAGCCUGAGGAGCAUGUCCGGAGGGAGAUGCAGGAGACUCGUGCUGAUGAAGAGUUGGCCCUUACGACUGAUCUUAAGGAUAAGGUUGCUACGGUUGAGGGGCAGUGGACUGAGGCACUGGGGAGCCAGAUUGAGGGACUGAGAGAACGGGUGAAGGAACAGCUUAUGAAUGAAGAUGGCUGGGAGGAAUUGGAACAAUUGGAGGAAUAG